UAAAGUUCUGUGUAAAUAUUUGCAGAUAUCAGGGUCACCAGAGUUUCUAAACAACCGUACAUAAGCUGAUGAAGAAGCCACUGCUAGAGAUGCUGAGCAUGCUAAGCGUAUGACCCAGUAAAAAGAAGAAAGCUAAACCUAAAGGUACUCUAUCCACAACUUGUUUGCAUCUUUGUAGCAUUUUGGUUGAUCUCAAGAAUGAAAGGUUCACCUUUUGAUGAUGUUAAUUGCGUAUCAACAAAAGAAAGUCCUGCAGCCAGUGCCAUUCUUAUCCUCAUGUUUAGGUUCACAUGAUUAUAGAGCUGUACGUGAAAGGUUAACUUUUGUAGAAGCUUGUUUUAGGGUACUUUAAAGCAUACACAUUGUGAAUUAGAGAACCAGGAACUGAAUUGUUGUCUCUAUUUAAUUUGGUCUCUCAGUUCUGCUUAUGAAGGCUACUUCAUACUUACGGUUUCGGCUGGUUUAUAGGUGUUGUCAUGGAAGCAAAACCUCACCUUGUGGGGAUCCAUGAGAGAGUCAGAAACGAUAUUGAUGCACAACCUUCUUAAGAGAAUGGUGGAAAGCGAAUAUCUACUGCAACCAAUCCAAAUGCAGAAGAAGCUGCAGAUCUCUUGAGGUAUGGAUAUAUAUCCCUUUGUCUCUUCAUCAUUCUUUCGUGAACUCAUAUUGUAAAGUCCGAGCUUGAUUACUGGUUGUGUGUGGUUGAUUAUCACAGGUUCGAGCUAUAUUGUUGGAUCCUUAUUGCUCUGGCUCUGGAACCAUUACAGAUCGUCUGGACCAUCUCCUUCCUUCUCAUUCAGCAGGUUCAACUGAUUCUUCUCUGUGUAUAUGUGUGUGUUCUAUAACAGAUUUGUUUGUCCUUCUCCUUCGUGAUGAAAGUGUUCUAAAACAAUUUGUUCUUCCUUCUCCUUUGUCCUUCUUUUGCUCUAAAACAAUUUGUUUUUAAUAUUUUUUCUAAGAAUUUUUGAAUAAAAAACUUGCAUUGGACCACACAAAUAUUCUCAUCUCUUAACUAAUUUCUUAAAUUCACUUUUCCAACUUAAAAAUAUUAAAAAAUGAAUAAAAGCUUCUAAGUGUCUCUUAGGGAUAAUGAUGCUCUCAUACUAUCGUGAUAGUGGUAGGUGAAUUAACCAUUAAUCAUAUUAGACUAAUUAAGUAAAACUCACAUGCUAAAUUUUCUCAGGUCGGAACACACACUCAGGCCACCGUCGAUUUACAGAUUCAUCUACGAUUUGUGUUUUGAAAUCCGACUUGCUGAUCAGCAUCAAUGAGAUCCCGUGGGAACUUCCACAAUGUCGAAGACUCAACCCAGAGAAUCUGCGUUACUGUGGAGAACUUUGAGUCCUCCUCUAUGGUUCAAGGUACCGAGGGAGGAGCGAAAUACAACUGCAAUUAUUGCCAGAAAGACAUUACGGGCAAAAUCAGGAUCAAAUGUGCUGUGUGCCUCAAUUUCGAUCUCUGUGUAGAAUGUAUGUCUGCUGGAGCAGAGAUCAAUACUCACAAAUGUGAUCACGCCUACCGAGUUAUGGGAAACCUAACUUUCCCGCUUAUUUGUCCGGACUGGAGUGCAGAUGAUGAAAUGCUUCUCCUGGAGGGACUUGAAAUGUAUGGCAUGGGAAACAUGACCGAGGUCGCGGAGUAUGUGGGAAGCAAAAGUAAAGAACAAUGUCUCGAGCACUACAGAAACAUUUAUUUGAACUCGCCCUGUUUCCCACUUCCGGAAAUAUGCCAGGAGCUUCUGGUGCCGUUGCACUCGCUAACUUCAAGAAAGCCAAGGAUGUUAUGUCUUCCAAGAAUAGAGCUUCCAUCAGGAUUGUCUCUGAGGACGAUGUCCAAAUUCUGGGGACCCCUCCCACGGACACCAAGCGCAAGACAGUUUGUGAAAAUUGAGCAUACCUCUUCCAGCACGUUCAAGAAGCCAAAAAACUUCCGAGAUAGCCACACGAUCUCCACAGCAAUCUCUAGACAAUACGUUUUCUCCAGCGGAUUACUCCAAGGUUUUUUGGCCAAUCUGAACACCAAAGUUUUUCCUCUGGACAAAAUGUCUUUGGGAGAAGCCGAAUCAUCCAAUGCUUUGCUCCAUCUCCAAGGCGAUUUGCUCAGGGUUAUGUCGUGUCUCCAUCAUGUUGGGGAGAAAACUGCUAUUGAGGGUUCUGCUGCCAAUCAGAAGCUCAUCGAAGAUCUAACCCGUCAGUGUCAGCAGGAGAAGGACAAGGCCCUCGCAUUGGAGAAAGAGGUCAAACGCCUUAAGGGGAAUGUGGAGCAGGAUGGCAUGCUAGCACGAGCGGAUAUCUCCUCCCUGCAGAGAGAAAAAGACCAGUUGCAUGAGGAAGUUGUCCAACUGAAAAUAGCUGCAGAGACUUUUCCGAAGGAGAUGGAGAUGGCAGUCAGUGGUGCAAAGAUCGUUGCUCGCUGGGAGCUCAUGCGAGAGUGGCUUAAGCAGCAAACAAAUAGUUGGAAGCCGGCGGCGGAAUUCAGGCAAUACCGAAUUUUCAUGGAGACUGAGGCAGAGCUCAAGAAUUUACCUCCUCCUUCUUUCGAUGAUGAGCCGGAGAUCCCUGAUGAGUCCCUAGACCAGGGGGACGCCGCAUACAUGGAGGUUGACCCAACGGCCAAGACCAACAACCCUCCUGCUUGACUUUUUGCUAUGUUCCGCCUGCUAUGCAUAUCUCUUUCUUUUUUUUAAUAAUUUUUUGACUUUGGAUGUUUUCCUCAUUGAGCUUUAGAACUCUUUUUUUUUUGUAUGGCUUUUUGAAGUUUUCAUGUUGUGAAAAAACUCUGAUUUCUGUCGGUAAACCGUUGACAGUUUUUUUAGCUCAUGUGAUGGAAUGAUUCUAUCCGGCCUUUCGGGUUGAAGCAAUCACCAGUUUUAUCGAUCGGUACUGGUAUGAAUCUAUUUGUUACAGUGAGUCAAUCGCCAAUCUUAUUGCUUCUCAUAUCUCUAGAUAAACAAUUGCUUAUAAAUUUAAGACUAGUUUGAGGUAUCAUGUUAUGAUAGUGUGAGCUCUACAAAGUCAUGUCUUCUACGUCGUACACUCCCUUUGUUUAUUACACACCUUGUCACAAUUGUAGUUUAUAUAACAGAAAAACGUGAUUCACUCAUCAGCAUGAUUGUUUCCUCAACUCCGUUUGGUGCGGAUCAGCAAGAAGAAGAAGAAGAA